AUGCUUCCACCUCAAGCACCACCACGAGCUCGGCGAAGGCAACCGCAAGGCGCAGAACAUGUGAAGCACCGGCGUACGAGGAGCGGAUGUUAUACCUGUCGACAACGGAGAGUGAAGUGCGACGAAACGCAUCCGACAUGCGACAGAUGUCGAAAGGGCAAGCGAGAGUGCACCUAUCCAGGCAGCGCAGCGACACCCAUAACAACGUCAAAAUCAUCCAAGAACAGCAGUCGGUUGAAGGACUCACCAGGUGCUUCAAGUCUCUCGGGAAGCGAGGACGAUUUCGACGAGAAGGAGGUUCUCCCGAGCAUUCCCGACGAGGAAGACAAUGACAGCGUACCUGCCUCCUCUGCUUCAGAUUCUCAAAAGGCACCUAACGCAAGCCCUCCGCCACGAGAUAUGGCUUCUGCCUCGAGAAGGCCGCAGGCUCAACGCAACAGCUCCAGACAAUCGAUGAGAUCGGAGAUAUUUCAAAAUCCACGUUGGGCAGGUCUACCAAAAGAAGUGCAAACCUACCUUCGUUUCCACCACGAGCAUAUGUCGCACCACCAUUACGCCUUCAAGUAUGAUGGGGGUGACUUUCUCAAAACGACGUUCCUGGAGAUUGCGAUGAACGAUGGCAGUGCAGCACUGCUGUAUGCAAUCGUCGCUUUCGCGGCAUACCAUCACUCUAUUGCACACGAUGAUGGCAACAUAUCUGUGUUUCUGUCAUACUACAACAAGUCCAUCGCAUUCCUUCAACAAUCGCUGAAACGGCAGCGGCAUAGUGUAGCCACACUCUUAUCCAUUCUUCAGCUGGCUACGAUCGAGGAGUUUCUAGGAGACUGGGUGAAUCUGCUGGGACACCAAAAAGCCGCUUCUUCGAUUUUGACAGAUCUAUUUACUCCACAAACAAUCAUGCAGGACGAAACACGGCGUAAGAUCAUUACCUGGUACAUCCGUUUCGAUCUCUUUGCCGGUAUCAUGGCAGGAGGAGAGACGCAGCUGAGCCGUGAGUGGUUCGCAGCAUCUGCAGAAUUCUACGAACGACAGACUCGAGACAAGCCGACGGACCUGGGAGCACGAUUCGAGAAGUACUUUGCUACUUCACGGUUACUUGCAACGGAUGUCGCGCUGCUGUUUGCCGGCAAGACCAAGAACACGAUAAGCGACGAGGAUUUCGUCACGGGCAUACAAAAGCUGUCGACUCAAUUCGCGGAUUUUGGCGAAGAAUUAGAGCAUGCCUUCACUGAUUCGAAAUGCUUUGUCAAGUCCUUUCCAGACGCGCCCGAACCGCAGAGCGAUGACUUGUUCGACUUUCGCGAACCGGAUUUCCUGUAUGCCGGCGAGCUUUCGACCAUGAACUUCGUCCUCAUCGAUCACUGGGCCAUAGAUUUGAUGUUCAAAUACCAGACUAGCCUUGCCAUGGGCAGAGAACCGGGAGUGGAGCUGACUAGCAUCGCACUGAAAAAGGCGAAGAUGUUUGAAGCGAUACAAUAUGGCGUAUCAAGUCAACACACAGCGGUUCUGGGCUGUCAGGCCAGCUUGGGAAUCAUGGCACUCUUUCUUCCAAAGGACCCUGCCUAUAUGACCUGGUGCCGGCGGAAGUUCGCACUCAUCGAACAGCUUGGCUAUAUCUACCCAAGCAACUUCCGCAGUCGAAUGAGCGAGCACUGGGGGGAGGAUGUGACUGGGUGGUGGCUUCCCAACGACGAAGGAUACCCAACCAGCAUCCGCACGAUUCGCGAUUUUGUUGAAUACAGAGCUACGAGACCCACCGACGCCUUGGGUACUGGCAUAAGCAACAUGAGUGGUAUAUUCCGAUCGCUCAACAUCGACGAGCAUGGAUUCUCCGACGACUUGAAGAGCGUAGGGACAGAAUCUAUCGAGGGAAGUGUCAGCCCCUUGGUGCACGGAACCAGCCCAGAACAGCCAUGGACUUGA